CCCCCCCCUAUACACACUUCCCUUUGUCUCACUCAUCCCCAGCUCCCCCCUCCACCUCUGCCCCCGUGUUCCCCCAGAUGCACCCCCUUGGCCACAGCUCCUCCGUCCCCCCUCCCUCGACGCCCUGGAGCUGGGCCCCCCAGGGCUCCUCCACAGCCACGCCUUUCUUCAGCACCCCCGUGAGCAGUGGGCUGAGGGCCUCUGAUGACCUCAUCAACAGCCGGUGGAGCCAGAUAUUCCCCGGAGCAGCUAUGGAUCCACUCGCCUCCAGCACCAUGGGAGCAGCCUCUGCGUACUCAUCAUACACUCCUGCUAGCGACCAUGGUCGGAGCCUGCGGUCUGUGCAGAAGUCUGUGGAGGUGGACGGCCAGCGGCUGCAGGGCCUGAUCGACGGAAACAAGAGGUGGCUGGAGAUGCGCAAGAAAGACACCAGCAUACCUCUGUUCACUCGCUAUCGGGCUCCUUCCACAAAGAGCAGCCUGGUGCAGCUGGGCCUGGACGAUAACAACCAGAUCAGAGUGUAUCAUUACUGAGGACAUGACACACAGGUCAGUGCUGUUGCACUGUGACUGUCCAGAGGACUUUGGAGCGUUAGUAACUGACAACUCAGCUUUGUGACGUUUACACGCGGACAAUUCAGGAAGAAAUAUGUCACAGAGGCCUGAGGACCUUUAUCCUCCACAUGAUAUACGGCUUAAAGCACUUCCAACGCCACGUUUACAGAUUACAGCUCCAUGCCAGACUUGGGCCAAACUGUUUUUAAAUGGUUACGUUUACUUUAAUGUCUAGACAAUGACAAGGAAUCAUUUACUGAACUAUUUAUACUUGUUUUACUGAGACCAUCCCAAACACCAUCCAGUUUACUCCAUGUUGUGAACCCAUUUGUCGGACAUAAAACUACAAAGUAGAGCUAAAAGCUGCACACAGGUCAAUGUUCAUUUCAUGAAGUCAGGUUACAUUUGUAUUUAUGACACUCCUUUGAAAGUGACUUCUAAGUUCUAAGUGUAUGUUUUAACUAAUUAUUUUAGAUAUGGUUGUUUUAGUAUGUCAGAAGCAAGUCAUCACUAUUAGAAUCACUGUCAAGGUAAAGCAAUCCACUUUUAUUUUACAUUUGUUACUUUCUGUAUAAAUGUAAGAUAUCUUUUGUGCGUAUUUAUGUGUUGAUAAUACUGUAUUUUUGUAUAAAAUAUUUUAAUAAAUCUAC